AUGACGCAUAGACUUACUCUCCAAACCACCAUCUACAUAGCCAACAUGCCCGUCCAUUAUUCGCCUGAGUUGCGGAGGGAAAUCAAUGAAUGGUGGACACUGUCUCGUGUACGGGCCACAAAUGCGUAUGACGGCAACUUUUGAUAGCCUACGGGCGUCCUGCUCCAGAACAGCAUUGAUGAAAGCUGUUGUACCUAUGCUAACACAGGACACAGCCGAGGGCGAUACGUUUGCUGCCUUCAAGAGUUCGUGGAUGGCAGCCUCGAUGCCGUCGGAAACAUUGAGCGUCGUGGGUGCUUUGAAGUGAGCCAACACGCCACGGUUAGGCUCUGACACCCGAGUAAUGUCUAUCAGGACACCAUCUGUGUUUGUGCCUGCAGUAGGGAGGUAAAU